UAACAAAAUAUAUAAUCAUUUAUUAAAUCUCAUUAAGUGAAAUUGCAUCGUAAAUUUUAAAGAUCAAUGAUUUAUUUUAAAUACUGAUACUAUCAAUCAGAUUAUUUAUUAAAGAAGAAAGAUAUAAUAAAGACAAUAAUAAAUAAAAUAAUUAUUGGUUAUGAAUUUUGAAUUUCAACGUCAAUUAAAACUCAAAAUAUUACGUAAUUAAUUGUAAGUGUGAUUUACUUACUUUUAAAUAUUAUUUUCAAGUGAGAAAAGAAAAAAUAGAAUUUUAAUUAUUUCCACCAUGAAUUUUAAUUCUUCAUCAAAUAUUCCACACGAAUAUCUCCCUACUGUUGUUCUUGAAAAACUCGAGAUUCCGAAAAAUAGUAUCGUCAUUGUCGCAACUAAUUCUGAGGACAUCGACGCCAAUGAUCAGAAAAAUUCAGAAUCAAAGAGUAAAGUCUGCUACAAAAUUCAGAGCAUCGAAUACAUCUGCCAGCGCUGUUAUCAAUCAUUUAGCACAGCUGAGUUACAUCGAAAGCAUAUUUUACGUCACCAUGUCGAGGAAGAAUGCAACAAACCAGCAAAUCGCGUCAACGCAUCUAAUCAAGGAUCAGAUUCAAACCAAGAAAUCAAGACCCAGAUAAAUAAACAGCCUCACCAAUGUCCAUACUGUGAUUACAGCUGUAAAUAUUCAUUUACUCUAAAACAUCACAUACGUUCGCAUACUGGCGAGCUGUACAAAUUGAUGCGCUCAAAUAAUUACUCGAGUGUUAAAAAAAAUUACAUUCGUCGUUGUAAGAAAUCAUUCUCUUGUCAUAAAUUUCCUCGAUCAAAUACUCAAAUUAGAUCUCAUGAUAUGAAAUCUUAUGUCCAUUAGAUCAUACAGAAGGCUUUGAUCUGUUGAGUAUAAAAUAUGUAGAUAAAUAUAAGUAAAUUUUCUAAAAAGUCCCGAGAAAUAUAAAUUUUUUUAACUGUACGAGAAGAUUUGUAUUAUUUAGGUACAAAUUGUAAUAAUUUUUAUUUAUUUCUACUUCGCAACCUGACUAUUAAGAUUUAAAAAUAAGUAUAAUUUGUUACUGUAAUAGAAAAUUAUUUAAAAAAUGUAUUUUCAUAUUUUUAUAAUAAGUAAAUAAAUAAAUUAA